ACAACCCGGAAGAACAUUCAAUGGCUAUCAAACAAACCGCGUUUGCGUCGAGUUUGGUCGCUUUUCCAUAUUUUUUGCUGUGUUAUUGUUCGAGUAAUACCAGCGACUGGAAAGGAUGCGUGCGAUGUUUCUCUGGAUGUGAAUAGCGAAAUGUUAUAGUCGGCCACUGAAGAAGUUUGAGCGGUUGUUACCGAGCUGGUUAGCUUAGCUUUGCUAGCGAGGCCGGAGUCUGCCUCGUCUGUUGCUCAGGGCGAACCGCUUCUUUCUUCACCUGCACCGGUAUGACGUUCAUCGCUCAACGUCUUAGUGUGAAGUAGACGACGGUGCUUUUGCAAAGCGGUACAUUAGCUGAACGGAAAUACAGGCGCGGCAAUGGACGACUUCAGCUCGAUAAGCCUGCUGUCUCUGUCCAUGUUGGUGGGAUGCUACGUGGCCGGUACCAUCCCUCUGGCGGUCAACUUCUCCGAGGAGAAGCUGAAGCUGGUGACCGUGCUGGGAGCCGGGCUGCUGUGUGGCACUGCUCUGGCUGUCAUCAUUCCUGAGGGGGUCCACGCUCUCUACGAGGAAGUUCUGGAAGCUGGACACCAGAGUCACAGUCAGGCUCGAGUGGUGGAGGUGUCUGAAGCCAAAGCUGAAGCAGCGCUGGCAGCCAGCGCGACCCACGAACACGGUCACGAGCAGCUCCACGCCUGCAUCGGACUCUCUCUGGUCCUGGGCUUCGUCUUCAUGCUGCUGGUGGAUCAGAUCGGCAGCUCUCACAUGCACAGCACUGAUGAUCCUGAGUCUGCGAGGGCGGCCACCUCCAAGAUUACCACCACCCUGGGCCUGGUGGUCCACGCUGCCGCUGACGGUGUGGCGCUCGGAGCCGCCGCUUCCACCUCCCAGACCAGCGUCCAGCUCAUCGUGUUCGUGGCCAUCAUGCUGCACAAGGCCCCGGCUGCCUUCGGCCUGGUCUCCUUCCUGAUGCAUGCCGGACUGGAGAGGAACCGCAUCCGCAAGCACCUCCUAGUCUUUGCCCUGGCGGCGCCACUCCUCGCCAUGCUCACGUUUCUGGGACUCAGUCAGAGCAGCAAAGAAGCUCUGUCGGACAUCAACGCGACGGGCGUGGCCAUGCUCUUCUCCGCCGGCACCUUCCUCUACGUGGCCACCGUCCACGUCCUCCCCGAGGUGGGCGGCACUGGCCACAGCCACAGCGCCGGGGGAAGCGGGGCCAAGGGACUGAGCAAGGUGGAGGUGGGGGCUCUGGUGCUGGGCUGCCUGAUCCCGCUGCUGCUCUCCGUCGGACACCACCACUAAACCUCCGGACGCUCCACACUCUGGAUCUGACUUUUUUUUUUUUUUCUUUCUUUUGGAUUGAUCCUCAACAACCGGGUGCGACCACUGAGAGACGAUUUCCAGCUCCUGUUCCCCACAUACCCGUGAGGCGAGGUGGACCUUUAUUUACCGUAGAGAUCGCAGUCACGCACUGUGAGCGCCGUGUUUUUUAGCCGUACGGGAGUUCCACACGUGGAUCCACGGUGAGCAGAUCUGACGCUGAAGUGCCAUACAGACCCAGGGGUCUGAAGGGAAGGUCGAGCUGCAGGGCUGUUUCGGGGUGCAGAGUCGGAUCAAGAUGUUUGAGGAACAUUAGCCUGCUUGUUUACGCAUCCUGAGCAAUAACGGCGCACACAUUUGUCUCUGGUGUGAAUGUCGCCAGUCCGUCACUGUGCCUGCUCGCCGCGGGGCUCCUGUAUAUUCUGUCUGUUUGUAGAUACUGUACAGAGUCUUCAGUCACUUCCAAAAACUCAUGACGCCCAUUGAUGACCUUUUUUUUUAUUUUUUAAAAAAGCGCAAAUGCAGUUUGUCGUGCAAUAGCAGGCCCAGGUGACUCUGAACGUCUGAUCAAGCUCCGCCUCCUCCAUGAGUCGUCCUGAUUCUGUCCAACGCCUGAAGGAAAUGGUCUUAAAACGCUUCCCGGCUCAUGACCUUGGACCGUUGAAUCCUCGGAAUCGUCUCAGGGACAAGCUCGGGAUGUGGCGGAGUAUUGGGGAUGUGACCUGAAAGCAAGAAGGAAGGACUGGAGGUCCUUUAAACGGCAGUGCUUCUGCCACACAGAAGCACCAGCAGGGUGUCCACGUAUCCAACAGCAGGUAGUUGUGUCUGGGUUUUGUCAUUCCACAUUGAGUCUGCCUUAUUUCCAUAUUCUGAUUGUGAUGGCGUUUGUAAAGCGACUUGUUUUAUGACUAAAUUAAAGUCUUUUUUAACUGGUGCUGUUGUGCAGGAAUUUUUUUGUAUGUGUGUGUAUGGACCUUUGGACCUUAGUUUAUGUGCAGCUGUGGAGUAAG